AUGAGGAUGGAUGGGGUGGUCCUCUCCCGACCUGCGAGUUGCUUCAUAGGAACGUCCAUCGCCAACCAUUAUUCCAGUCCGGAGAUUCCCGCCAUGGCACUGGCGCCUAAGGAAUCGCCGGUUUGCUCGGGGAGGCCGUCUUGUUCUGGAAUUCGCUUAGUGCACUUCGCGCAAGAUUUUCAUGCUGGAUUUCCUUUCGGCGUCCGCGAGGGAUUUGGCCCUAUGGAACGGCCUUCUGACCGGCGUGUCAUCGAGGCCCCUCUCACUGUCGGUUUGCGCACAUCACCGCCAUGUGGAUGA